AUGAGUCAAAAUUCUCGGAAACUUGAUUAUACCAAGCGUGUAAGGGAGAUUGUGCCGAAAUAUAAACAUAACGAAUAUUAUUUGGGUUCGCCGAGAUUCUGGGAAGAGGAGAGUAAGGUGGUGGAUCAAUCAUCUGCUGACGUAGAGGGCAAGGGUAACACGUUUCACUUAACAAUUGUCGGUGACCCCAUUCUCGGAUCCUCCAAUGCACAUUCCACGUCCAAAGACACGGGGGCCCCUCCACUGCAAGAAGAAAUACUUGCCAUCCUUCGGGAUGUAAAGGCCCAAAAACAACAUUUCUUCACGGCAAUGGAGGGGAAAAUAAAUGCCCUGCAGGAACAAACCAAUGACAAACUGUCGGCGCUGGAAGAGACUGUUAAACAGUUGACAACAGCGCCGGCCAGGAUGACGUCAUGGGAUGCAGAAUGCCCCCUCCCGUCACCCAUCCGGACCAUGGACGAUUUGGACUCCUUCGAGGAAAACCUCAAGGACAAGGACUAUCGCCAGCAGGCGGUUGCCUUCCUACGUACCCUCGGCGGUGCUAAAGUCCUUGAUUUUGUGAAAAGGAUUUUCGAACCCCUUUACAGCAACCACCUGUUGUCUCAAUUUAACACGACUGGGACGCAUAAUCGACGCAACUUCAGACAGACGCGGUCAUUCGCACUGCUGGAAGAAGUGUUCGUGACGUGGACUGUGCAGCAUCAUGCCCAUACUGAGGACCUCCUUAGGGCCGUUCGGACACACCUCAAGUCCGCACAGGCUAGGGAGUUAAAGCUGUCCAAAAUGUCCAAUGGAAACCCUUUUUAA